AACAACAGCUCUCUGAUUCCCCAUAGCGAUUAAUCCGAGCACUGCAGUUGUCAGUAGCUACAAUACGUUUUCCCGGGUCCAUGUUGAAGUUUGUUAACCCAGACUUUCUCGCAUACUCGCUUCGUCAGGUCAUUCCAGGGCACGCGUUGCAUCCGUUUGACCCCGCUCACAGGUAGAAGAAAACCGACUACACCCGCGCGAACUCAGUUGGAGAGGAAUGCACCAGUGGAGUGUUGGAAAAUAACAUUUCUGUUUGCCGACCUGCGUAUGAGGGCUCUGUCUGGUGGGGCUCGGCAGCUCCUCAACCCGGCCUGGAGACUCCUCGGCUCCCUCGCUCCCUCUCUCCCUACCUCCCUCUGGCUCCAAUGGUGUAAGCUGACGCAUCACCGUGGGGGAUUCUGACACUCUGCACACAGCCCAGUAACCUCCAGGUCUAUCUCCUUCCAGCCCAGUAUCAGAAGGCAGGGGAGGGUAUGAGAAUGGUGUCUAGGCCCUGAAGCCCAGCAGCAUGUCAGAGCAAGGAGACAAAUGCACCACCCCCCGCUGGAAACAUGAGGCCAUGCAAAAUGGGUACAUCCCCAGUUACCUGGACAAGGACGAGUUAUGUGUAGUAUGUGGGGAUAAAGCUACAGGAUAUCACUAUCGCUGUAUCACCUGUGAAGGAUGCAAGGGUUUCUUCCGGCGGACGAUCCAGAAGAACCUGAACCCGACGUACGCUUGUAAGUACGAGGCAAAGUGCGUCAUCGAUAAGGUGACCAGGAACCAGUGCCAGGAAUGCCGCUUCAAGAAGUGCAUCGCUGUCGGCAUGGCAACAGACUUGGUGCUGGACGACAGCAAGCGGCUCGCCAAGCGGAAGUUGAUCGAGGAGAACCGUGAGCGGCGGCGGAAGGAUGAGCUCCAGAAGACGGUGUGGGACCGGCCUGAGCCGUCCCAGGAGGAGUGGGACCUGAUUCGCAUGGUCACCGAGGCCCACAUGUCAACUAACGCCCAGGGCAACCACUGGAAACAGAAACGCAAGUUCUUGAGUGCAGUGGGGGUGAAGGAAACCAAGCCUGAGGACAUUGGUCAAGCACCGGUCAUAAAUGCACCUGAAGGGAGCAAAGUGGACAUUGAAGCCUUCAGUCAGUUUACAAAAAUUAUCACCCCCGCCAUUACCCGAGUGGUGGACUUUGCCAAAAAGCUGCCUAUGUUCUGUGAGCUGCCUUGUGAAGACCAGAUUAUCCUAUUGAAAGGCUGCUGCAUGGAGAUCAUGUCUUUACGGGCGGCCGUUCGCUAUGACCCCGAGAGCGAGACGCUGACACUUAACGGGGAGAUGGCCGUGACCCGCGGCCAGCUGAAGAACGGAGGCCUGGGUGUGGUGUCGGAUGCCAUCUUUGAUUUGGGCGUGUCGCUGUCGUCGUUCCACCUGGACGACUCUGAGGUCGCUCUGCUACAGGCCGUCAUCCUCCUGUCCUCCGACCGUCCGGGGCUGACCAGCGUGGAGCGUAUUGAGCGCUGUCAGGAGGAGUUCCUUCUGGCCUUUGAACAUUACAUCAACUACCGCAAACACAAGGUGGCGCAAUUCUGGCCCAAGCUGCUGAUGAAGGUGACGGACCUGCGGAUGAUCGGGGCGUGCCACGCCUCCCGCUUCCUGCAUAUGAAGGUGGAGUGCCCCAACGAACUCUUCCCCCCACUCUUCCUAGAGGUUUUUGAGGAUUGACGGACAGACAGGCCCACACACCCUGCCGAGGUGUGUGUCAGAGUGUGCGUGGGCGCCUGGCCCGGGGCUACGACAGUGGGCCUCAGACUGGCUUUAGGCGUCUUGGGACACGUUGUUGGAACUCUCAUUAGCACUACUGAGUCACUUCAUUCCAUACCUUAUGUGUAGCCUAGCUUCUCAGCCUCGUUCUUAUGGAUGGAACCAUCCCUUAUGAUGCGGGUACAUGUGAAUAGCAUUUUCUUUUGGUUUUUAUUUUGUAAAUGUUUCACUUCUCAGUUACUUCUCUAUAUGUUUUUUGUGUGUUAAUUGUACAGUCUAAUUUCUGUCGUUGACAGUGCUUGUUCAGUCAGUCAUACAAACCAUGCAACGCGUAGUGUUUAAUCUUAGUCCAUUUUAAUACCGAAUGCUGACUCCACCAACACUGAGAAGGUCAGUGACAGACAGCAGAAGCCAGCUAACCAGCAUUAUUCCCUUCCAUUUUGCAUUCUCUUCCUACGAUACUUCCCCAGUCAAGGGAUGUGGAGUAGCUUUCAUACAGGUGUCCUUCUGGUGCUGGUGUUCUGUGAGAGCUACAGUUGAAGUCGGAAGUUUACAUACACUUAGGUUGGAGACAUUAAAACUUGUUUUUCAACCACUCCACAAAUGUAUUGUUUAACAAACUAUAGUUUUGGCAAGUCGGUUAGGACAUCUACCUUGUGCAUGACACAAGUAAUUUUUCCAGCAAUUGUUUACAGACAGAUUAUUUCACUUAUAAUUCACUAUAUCACAAUUCCAGUGGGUCAGAAGUUUACAUACACUAUAUUGACUGUGACUUUAAACAGCUUGGAAAAUUCUAGAAAAUUAUGUAAUGGCUUUAUAAGCUUCUGAUAGGCUAAUUGACAUCAUUUGAGUCAAUUGGAGGUGUACCUGUGGAUGUAUAUCAAGGCCUACCUUCAAACUCAGUGCCUCUUUGCUUGACAUCAUUGGAAAAUCAAAAGAUAUCAGCCAAGCCCUCAGGAAAAAAAUGGUGGACCUCCACAAGUCUGGUUCAUCCUUGGGAGCAAUUUCCAAAAGGUUCAUCUGUACAAACAAUAGUAGGCACGUAUAAACACCAUGGGACCUUGCAGCCAUCAUACCGCUCAGGAAGGACACACGUUCUGUCUCCUAGAGAUGGACAUACUUUGGUGCGAAAAGUGCAAAUCAAUCCCGGAAGAACAGCAAAGGACCUUGUGAAGAUGCUGGAGGAAACAGGUAAAAAAGUAUCUAUAUCCACAGUAAACAAGUCCUAUAUCGACAUAACCUAAAAGGCCGCUCAGCAAGGAAGAAGCCACUGCUCCAAAACCGGCAUAAAAAAUGGUGGUUUGCAACUGCACACGGGGAUAAAUAUCAUACUUUUUGGAGAAAUGUCCUCUGGUCUGAUGAAUCAAAAAUUAAACUGUUUGGCCGUAAUUAUCAUUGUUAUGUUUGGAGGAAAAGGGCAGAAGCUUGCAAGCUGAAGAACGCCAUCCCAACCUUGAAGCACGGGGGUGGCAGCAUCAUGUUGUGGGGGUGAUUUGCUGCAGGAGGGACUGGUGCACUUCACAAAAUGGCAUCAUGAGGGAGGGAAAUUACGUGGAUAUAUUGAAGCAACAUCUCAAGACAUCAGUCAGGAAGUUCAAGCUUGGUCGCAAAUGGGUCUUCCAAAUGGACAAUGACCCCAAGCAUACAUCCAAGGUUUUGGCAAAAUGGCUUAAGGACAACAAAUUCAAGGUAUUGGAUUGGCCAUCACAAAGUCCUGACCUCAAUCCUUUAGAAAAUUUGUGGGCAGAACUGAAAAGGCAUGUGCGAGCAAGGAGGCCUAUAAACAUGACUCAGUUACACAGCUCUGUCAGGAGGAAUGGGACAAAAUUCACCCAACUUAUUGUGGGAAGCGUGUGGAAGGCCACCCGAAAUGUUUGACCCAAGUUAAAAAAUGUCAAGGCAAUGCUACCAAAUACGAAUUGAGAGUAUGUAAACUUCUGACCCACUGGGAAUGUGAUGAAAGAAAUAAAAGCUGAAAUAAAUCAUUCUCUCUACUAUUAUUCUGACAUUUCAGAUUCUUAAAAUAAAGUGGUGAUCCUAACUGACUUAAGACAGGGAAUUGUUACUAGGAUUAAAUGUCAGGAAUUGUGAAAAACCGAGUUUAAAUGUAUUUGGCUGAGGUGUAUGUAUAUUUACAACUUCAACUGUAUAUCUAUACCUGCUCAGUGCUGCCAUCCUGCAACAUUCAAAUACACUCUUGACUGUACUCACAUCCUUCACACCAUAGAAAUAGAAAUAGUAGAACAGGCAUUCCCAUUCAAGUAAAUGUUCUGUAAUGGGAUGGGUGGACCUGCAGCUAUUCUUAUUCUAAUUAUAUUUAUAGGAUUCCCACCACAAGCUCCUCUUCUGUGUUAAACCUAAACGAUCAGGACAGAUAUAAAAGCACAAUUUGACAUGAAGUCAGCAAAAAGACUGAAGCUGUUCUAUAACGAUCUAUUUUUUGAAUGAUGCUACUCAUGCAGUGCCAAACAAAUAGCUAAUUCAUUCAACUGUAUUGGAUCGUUUCCCAUGAACCAGGAUCCAUGUUCUAACCUGACCUGAUUGGCUAUCAGUGACUUCUUUUAGAGCAUUCUUCUAGAACAUGCUUCCGGCUCUCAUUCAAGCUGUAGAAUGUAGACUCGCAUCAUGAAACAGAACGUUAUUGAAAUAGUCUAGUUCCUGAGCUGCAGACGGACAGACCAGAUGGACAGACCAGACAGACACUGUGAGCUGUGAUGCAGGCAGAACCUCCUCCUGUUGUCCCACAAGACCCCAUGGGAACUAUUGACUCAUAGAUGUUCAUGCGUUAUAUUAUAAUCUCAACAUGAGAGUUACUGUAUGUAAUGAUGGUGAUGAUGCUCCCUCCUAUAAGGACUGGUGGGUCCUAUGAUACUUGCUUAUUGGCUGAUUCAUGCCUGUAUGAAUGACAUGUGGGUGGAGUCUGGGGUCAAACCCGUCCUAUGUUGACCACAGAGGAGAGAAUCGCUGCCACUCGGGGUGUAACGGUACACGUAUCGAAUCGGUACAGGGAGCACGGUUCGGUCCGCAUUGUGGACCCAAAUAAAUAUAUUAAAACAAUGAAACACUAGGCCGAUAGGCAAGGCCAUUAACUGCAUUGUAUGACUCGAGUAAAUUUGAGCUGCAAAAAAAACAUUUCAGGUUUUUCCAUUAAAACAACUAGAGCCUAUGUGCACCCUGUAAUCAACAUGUAAAUCUUAAAUCUCAAACAGGUAGUAUCCACUUUAUAUAAGCAAGCUAAAGUCAACAUUGUCAAUGAAUUGGCAAGUGCAUCCUGUACUGUGCUUACUACAGAUGGAUGGACCUCCAGUGCUACAGAGAGGCUAUAACAUUACCCUGGAGUUCAGAAUGAGAAGUACCCAGUUUUUUAUUAGUUUUUAUUUUAUUUAUUUAACUAGGCAAGUCAGUUAAGAACAAAUUCUUAUUUUCAAUGACGGCCUAGGAACAGUGGGUUAACUGCCUGUUCAGGGGCAGAACGACAGGUUUGAACUUGCAACCUUCCGGUUACUAGUCCAAUGCUCUCACCACUAGGCUACCCUGCCACCCCUGUUACAGACACGCUCCCUUUAUGAGAGUCACACAAGUGUGCAUCUUUUUCUCUUUGUAAGAAAACACUAAAUACAAUGUCUGAGCCAUGUUUGCAUAUUGAUUUAAUACGCAUAUUGCACUUUAUUUUAGUGUUGUUGAUGAGUUAAUCGCGUUUUCAUUUAAGAAAAUACAAAGUGUUUGUUAUUCCUGAUGGUGCUCUCAUCAGGCGUUAUAUGACUCAUGAUCAUAUAUGGAUUCAGGAAUACCAACACUUUGUAUUUUAUUAAAUAAACAAACAUUUACUACAAAAACGGUUGGCAUUUCAUUUUCCCGCUGUACCAAAAACCGAACCGAAUCGUGAUCCCAAAACCACAAUACCAACUGAACCAUGGGUUUGGUAAACCAUUACACCCCUAAGCUGCCAUGUGAAUUUAAUGAAAACAAUAACAAUAAAUCAAAGAUACAGAGAAAGAGAUGACAGAUUGAAAAACUCUUCAGCUCUUGCUCAUUUUUCCUCUUUAUUUUGGUUGUAUUUUUCUUGGGGGGAAAAAAUAUGAUAUUGUGGUUUGUUUGCAACUGCAAAAAAAAUGCAGCUUUGUGUCAAAAUACAUGCAUUACUAUCCAAGCUUCAAACUACUCCUCAAAGCAGCUUGUGUUUUCUCUGUAAAUGUGAUGCCUUUCAUAAAGCAAUAGACUUUGCAGUGUUUGAAUGACUAGGACCUCACAACUCACACAAACUGCACAGUUAACAAUGCACAGACAAUCAGAGAGAAACAGACGGGAAAUUGUAAACAGGAAGUGGCGCAGGGUCCAAUUACUUCUUGGUUCACAAGUUGAACUGGGACACAGGCUAAGUCAGUGGCCCUAGAAUGAGUCGUGACAAUCAGAAUAUUUGAUGCUAUCCGUUUGAAAAAGGCAAUGGCUGCACAGAAUGGCUCAUCUUGAUCAUAGAAUGAGUAGUUAUUUGCGAUGCAAAGUGAUUUGUAGUCAUCUGUAGUCAAUCUCAAACAUGCACUCUGCCGAAUGUCACCUUAUUCCACAAGAUACUUCUUAAAGCGCCCGUGUGGUAUUAUCUCUCGUAAGAGUGGUCACUCUUAACUCAGUUACAAACCAAUAACAACAAACAAAGAAGCUAUUUUACAGUUACUAUAGAGGAUAAAAGGAUGUAUAUUUUCAGACUGCAUCAUUUUUUACAGAUAUUGUAAAGCAUAUUAUGAAAAUGUUACUGUUUUACGUAAAUAACGGGGGAAAAACAAUCUUUCCCUCAAUUUCAUUUGCAAACCACAACGACAUACUGUUUUACAUUUGUUUAGAUAUAACUAUGUGAACUUCAUGAACUAUAAGAUUCAUAGACAGAUUGCAGUGUUAGUUUCACCUUGACAAAAUAUCAGUUGGUUAAUGUAUGGAACUCUAUCAGUGGUGGCUGGUGGCAUGUUAAAUGGGGAAGACAGGCUCAUAGUAAUGGGUGGAACAAAAUCAAUGGAAUAGUCUCAAACACAUCAAACAUCUGGUUUCAAUGUUUUUUUAUACCAUUCCAUCUACUCAUUAUUCACAUUCAUUAUCAUGAACUGUCCUCCCCUCACCAGCCUCCUCUGAACUCUAUAUAUACUGUCAGGGGAAAAUACAAUACAUACUGCAAAAUUGGGCUGGACAAUUUAAAUAAAGAAUUUAUUAACGCAAGACCAGCUCCUUUUCUGACAGCAUCACCAACAUCAGCCAAGCAAAUCCACUCACUGUUAAAAUAAUAACCCAGAAUGAUUUACUUGUGUUUUCAUGUCUUAUUGUCUAAGCAGAUAAAUACCAACAAUUUGUUGUUCAUGAUGUAGUAAACAUUUAUCAAUGAUAUCUGGAAUAUUGGACGACAAGUCUUUGGAGAGGAUGAAAUUAGUGUGUGAUGUAAGUGUAAUUGAAUGAGAAUGAGUCUGAAUAUGACAUGUUUUGGACAGAGUGCUUUGACUUGGGUGCCCUGGAAGAAAAGACAAGUUGCACAAAAAAAAUAGAGAUAAUUAUGAAUUUGGAUUCUCAUGAUUAUGACGAUGUUUGCACUUAAUGUGAAUUGGAUGUUGAGAAUAAAGAUGGUUUUGAGAAAA